AUCACCACAUUUAUUGGCCGAUUGCUCGGCGGUUUCUUGUGUAGCAUGAGCCGUGUAAAUCCCUUGUAUGUGUUCAUGGUUGGUCUCAUUCUAGAUGGCUCGUCUGCAAUCUUUCUUUCUCAAGCUAAACACUAUGGACAGCUUAUUGCAUUUGCCUUUUCCUAUGGAUUAGCAGAUGGUCUUGUAAUAGGCACUUUUAAUAUUACCAUACUCUACUGUGUGGAGCCAAGUAAGAGAGCAUCAGCAUUUGGUUUAGCUGCUCUUUUCUAUGGAACAACAACUGCCACUGGCCCUCCUUUGGCAGGUUUUAUAACAGAUCGUCUCCAUACAUAUGUUCCAUCUUUCAUCAUGGUUGCUGCAACAGAAUAUACAGCAGCAGCAUUGCUUCUAAUCCUCCUCUGCAACAAAAGGAAGAUGCAGAAUUACAACCCUUCAGAUUCUUUAGAAGGCAUGCACAAUGACCAUACAGGUGUAAUGCUGUGGGAGACCCAGGUGUAAAUCUCACUAAAAAGGAGCCUCUAACCUUUCAAUCAGCAGUUCAAAUGCCUUAACUGGCCAAACAAAUUGAGGGCUCUGAUAAACAGUCAUAACUUUUAAGACAACUUUAUUCUUGUUUCCAUAAAAUUUACUGUGCAUGAAUAAAUACAUUAAAACAAUAAAAUUGGCAGCUUGUUCAUCCAUACUCCAGUGUUAUAAGACUCGCACGCAAAGCUUACUUGAAACUGAGGUAAGCAACAUAAAAAUUCCAAAGACUUCAUGUGCAUUUGGCAAGAGUAGCACAUUUAUUAAAUGUAAUUUACUAACCAAAAAAAUAUGAAAAACAUCAGAGAACCACAUAAUAUUGAUCUCACUACAUUGACAUUACUGAAAAUUUUAAUUUUGUAUGUCGCCAAAAAUAGGGUUAUUUAGAUUUCUUCAAAGGUAUAAAUUGCUGCUUAUAAAGUGAUACAAUGAAGUAAAUAUAUUUUUGCACUCUUUUACAGUUGUUUUCCUAAAUUUGUUUGGCUUUUUUGAGCACGCAUUAAAAAAAAACUGUCUUUGGAAUUUUGCUCAAAACCUUAUGUCUUUUGCUUUGCUUUCAUCAGAGCUUGGGGCCCUCAAAAAAACCUUACCCUAUUUAAGACCAAAAUCUGCAAUUUUCCCUACUCUAUUUAAUACCUGACCCAAUACAAAAUUACCCUGCUUCAGACCUGCCUUAUAAUUCAAACCAAUGUUAAAGGCAUUGUGGAGGGCUAAGGGGGAAUGGAAUAAAGCCCUUUUAGAAGAUGUUAGGGUAACCAGCAUUGAAAUACCUCCCAACAAGUAAUGCAGUUUAGUCUUGUCAUCAUCAUUGACCAAAAGGAACUAGUAGUAAUUACUAGUUCCUUUGAGGCAAUAACUAAAACCAGAGUAAACUGUGAAAAUUACGGGUAGGUAUUUCAAUCCUGGCUGCCUCAAAAUUUUCCAAAAGUCACUUAGGGCUUUAUUCUAUGCACCCCUUCAAUAAUAUUGUCUUUAAUAUCAAUAAUGAUGAAAAAGUAGCUUUUCUAAAAAACAUACCCAAUAAGAAUUCAAACCUAAAGUGCAAAAGCUAUACCCUAUUCGAGACCAACAUAGCCAAAAUCCGUAAAUUUCUGACCAAAACGGCUAAAAAAUCAUAACCUUUGGGGCCACACAUAGCUAUAUAGCCCAUAUAAGGGAGUACCCUCCCUAAUACCACACAAUCUGUUCUGCAAUUAACGAACAAAUUGACGUCAGUUUUUCAUGCAUCUGUGCUGUUAUUGAUCAUGAAUUUAUUUUAGUAUUGUAUGUAAUGUUAACAUGGUAAGUUAUGUGUCUUUCAAAUAAAUUUAAAAAAAGAUCAUGAAUUUACUGAUCUUGAAUUCCUGUUAUUGAUCCUGUUAUUGAAAAUGAUUUUGUCAUAACAUUGAUAAGGUAGCUGUGGACCCACGAGGUGAUAGCCAAGUGGAUCUGCAGACUACUUUGACAAUGUUAUGAUGAAGUUCAUUGUCAAUAACAGGACAGAUGCAUGAAAAGCUGACAUCAAUUUGUUUUUUCGAUAACAAACUGUCAAAUUGUGCGCUCACACUUGUUGACGCAUUGCAUUAAUUAUAAAAUAUCACAUGCCUGUCCGUGACAAUGAAAAUUGACCAAUGAGCAUGCGAGAAUUUCUGCAGUUAUCAUAAAACAUACUUUCUCUGAGGGUACACAGUUGAUAUACAACCAGCCUGAGAAAAAGAGAUCUACUUCAGACAAAAGACAUUGACAUUGGAGUAUAUAGCAAUGGGGAAUCAAAGCAAGUGCCCCGGGAAAUGGGAAUUUGACAAACCGGAAAUUUCUAAAUGUCAAAUGCCCUCAAGGAGUAGGGGAUCACAAAAUAACACAACAAAAGCUAAAAGAAUGUCAGGUAGCAUAAACAGAGACUGUGAGAUGCCUGUUGUUCAACGAACCCUUCUGCUCUUGAAACGAGCUUUAACUGUUGCAAGUGGCGAUGGUGAGGCAGGGGUCAAACGUCCUCCACAGUUGCAAGUGUCCAAACGGUUCUCUAAGAAUUUCACUCUUUCUUCCAUUAUCCUUAACCUGUUCUGCGCCUCAAGCUGUGAGUAAAACGCAUUUGUCUCCAUGCUGUCCCAACACGAUAGCUAUGAUACGAAGGUCGUGAUGCAACGCUGAACAACUUCCUCGCUCAGUUGAUGUCGCUGGGACACUACUACAAACUGCAAAGCUUCCUCGCGUAAUGUUUGCGCCGCAGAUGAAUGGUGAUGCUGUGUGAUAGUCGUGAUUGGUUUGUAUGUGUCGAGCACGAAUUUCUCGCUCCGUUUCUUCAGUUCAUCCAUUUGAUAUUCAGAAGAUAAUUCGAUUUUGACGAGAAAUGGCAUGCUCGCAGUAAGGGUAAAUAGCUCGAAGCAGGUCUUCUAUCUCUUCCACUUUCUUCCCUGGAAGUGGAAUUUCCUUCGCGUUCUUCUCUUUAAAGUUAGACGACAUCAUUGUCUCAAAGACGGGAGAAGAAAUCGCCAAAAUGGCUUUGUGAACGUGGAGUUUUCGUUCCUCUACCAACAGCACCAAGUCACUCAUCUUCCAAGGUUUAGAGAAAUCCAGAGUCGAUUGGUUACAUUCUGCCGGUCUUUUCUUCACUGGAGUUGUUGAGAUCUCAGGGACCUCGUCGCAAUCAGAAGAGGAGGAGGCGAAAUAUUCUCUUCUUGCCGCCAUUUUCAAAAGUCAACCUCGGCUGAAGAUAGAGGUACUUGGGAACGAGGGUCGGCAACGAGGUUGUUUCGCGCCUCGUUCCUGGAGUCCGCGUUACCCUUUGGUUGAUUUAUACUGCCAUUAAGCGUCUUUUUAACAACAUUUUUAACAUUUACUUGUAGUCUAAAAGACGCUACGCAGUUUCUUCAAUACUAUUCACUUCUUGUCACUUCUUCUCGUUACCCUUGUCCAGUGGAACAGGAAAUUUCCCCUCUCCCCGAACGUGGGGGGA